CCGCGAGAUAAUCUCGUCAAAGGAAAGAGAACGUAUCCAGUCCAAUUUACCAAUUUGCGUUAUUCGCAGUUGAAUUCGAAGACGACCAAGAAAUUUCGCCUCCGCCCAAAAAGAUCGAUCGGAUCCGUGUCGGGACGAUACCGUGGCCAACGACGACGCAUCGAUGUAUCGAUGACGAUGCCGCGAUCGAUCUAUUUUUCCGCCGACUGGUGAUUUCAUCCCGUUUGUUGCGAACAUAAUGUGUAUUGUGUCCGCUGGCGAAGGUAAUUGCCGACGCGGCAAUGAAAUUCAUUGACGUUUGAAUUGUGCUGUUGUGCCAGUUGAGAUUUUUCUCAAUUUGUCUCCCAAUUAAUCCUCAAAGUGCUGUGUGUCAAAAUAUACUCAUGGUAAAUGGUUGCGGUGUCGGAAAAUAACCGGUCCUUUGGGAUGGAAAACUUGGGCUUCCAGGAUACGACGCAUCCGCGAAAACUGGGCCGAUCUGUGAGCGUGAACGCGCCUACCGAAAACUAUCCCCUCUACAAAACGCACACCUCGGCGACGCUACUGCGAUGGCGGCGGCAACGCGAAGACCCCGACGCGAUGCUGGAGGAGGAGUUCCCGUCCGAUGAGUUCGAGUACAUGGAGUGCGGACCGUCGCCGCCCGCCGACCACACGCCCAACAUCUACGAGAGCUUCGAGGAGUUCAGCACCGGCAGCGAGCUGACCGUGCAGAUAUGCCACGACACGAUCAAGAUGAACCUGAUGGAGCACAUGAAGGUGUCCUCCGGAAGGCAUCAGCUGCUGGACGACAUCGAAAGCAAGAAGACCACGCAAGAAAACAUGAAGGAUCUGUUCGCGGGCGCGUCGUCGUUCGAGAUCAACAUAUCCUUCCUGUGGGCCGCCUUCAUGAAGCGUUGGGACUUGCUGGACGGUUUGAAGACAUUGGGGGCGAAGAUAACGUACUACGAGCCGAGCCAAGGCCUCAGCGCCCUGCAUCUGGCCUCGUUCAGCGGUUGCAUACCCGGCACUCAGUAUCUCAUAGCGCAAGGGGGCGACGUUAACGCCAUCUUCAAGUGCUACGCCCCGCUGCAUUGCGCCGCGUUCGGCGACAGCCCCGAGACCGCCAUGAUACUGCUGAACAACGGCGCCAGAGUGCAGACGUUGACGAACAGCCCCCACACGUGCCACGAGAGCGUUUUGCAUUGCGCGGUGAGAGCAAACGCAAUCGCGUGCGUGCGGUUGUUCACGGCGGAAGGGGCGGAUGUCGGGCAAGUGGAGUACUCGGGGUUGUCGCCGGUACACUUGGCUUCGGAUUUGGGGCACCCGCAGUGCCUCAAAAUCAUGUGCGAAGCCAAAGGUACGAACGUGAACGCCAAAACGAAAGGUAAGGAUUUGACCCCGCUGCAUCUGGCAGCUGAAGGGGGUUACGUCGAGUGCAUAGAGAUUCUUUUGGAGCGCGGGGCCAACAGCAACUACAGAAGCCAACGAGGCCAGACCCCCUUGCAUUUGGCAGCCAGAUCGCAGGCCUACGACUGCGUCGAGUUGUUGUUGCGCAAAGGAAACGCCGACGCCAAUAUCGGUGACGUCGAUAAAAGAACACCACUACACGCGGCUGUAUGUAAAGCUGCCAGAUCGUACGACAUCAUAGAAAUCCUCGUUAGUUACGGCGCCGACGUGAACAGCAAGGAUCAGUACGGAUACACGCCUCUGCACAUAGCUUCGCUCAACGAGCUCUCGCAGUGCGUCGAAAUACUGAUCUACCACGGCGCCGACGUGACGGCGAAGUCGAAAUUCGGCAUGACCGCCUUGGGCAUAAUAACGAGGAAAACCCCCGCUUCUCUGGCGAUGGUGACGCAAAAACUCGACUCCGCCAUAACGCUUCACCACCAUCCGGAAUCCUCGAACAGGGAGGUGGAGUUGAGGCUGGACUUUCGCAGCAUACUCCAGCACUGCCACCCGCGGGAAAUAAGCUUCCUCAACACUUUCGUGGACGAGGGCCAGAAAGAGAUACUCCUCCACCCGCUGUGCUCCGCGUUCCUCUAUCUAAAGUGGGAGAAAAUCCGCAAGUACUACAUCGCGCGCAUGCUGUUCUGCUUCAUCUUCGUGCUGAGUCUCUCCCUCUACGUUCUCACAGCUCUGGCGCACAACUGCUACAACCACGGCAAAAACUACAACGACACCGAACCGCAGAACGUCAUAGAACUCUGCGAGAAGAAGUCCAUGAUGGGGAACAUGCUGCGCAAGAACCCGUUCGUCAUAGAAAUGCAGUGGUUCGUUCUGGUGGCCAUCACCUGCUGCGAGAUACUGCGCAAAGCCUACGGGAUAGCCGGCUAUCCCAGCGUGCGGCAGUACCUAUCCCACCCGGAAAACAUCAUCGAGUGGACGGUGAUCGUCAGCGUGUUCGUCAUCUCCUUCAUCUACACCGGCAGGACGUACACGUGGCAGAACCACGUGGGCGCCUUCGCCGUCCUCUUCGGCUGGACCAACUUGAUGCUGAUGGUCGGCCAGCUGCCCAUCUUCGGCUCCUACGUCGCCAUGUACACCAGAGUGCAGGGCGAGUUCGCCAAGCUGCUCCUCGCUUACUCCUGCCUCCUGAUCGGCUUCACCAUAAGCUUCUGCGUCAUUUUUCCCGACUCGUCCACGUUCGCGAACCCGUUCAUCGGAUUGAUCACGGUUUUGGUGAUGAUGACGGGGGAGCUGAGUCUGGAUUUGCUGGUGGACGACGAUCCCGACGAUCCGCCGUUUCUGCUCGAAAUAAGCGCGCAGGUCACGUACAUCUUGUUUCUGCUGUUCGUCACCGUGAUUCUCAUGAAUCUUCUUGUGGGUAUAGCCGUGCACGACAUACAGGGUCUCCAGAAGACGGCGGGUUUGUCGAAGUUGGUGAGGCAGACCAAGUUGAUAUCCUACAUGGAGUUGGCUCUGUUCAACGGGUAUCUACCGAGAUACCUGCUGAAUCUGCUUCACUGGACCGCGUUGGUCUCGCCCAAGGCGUACAGGGUGGUGUUGAACGUCAAACCGCUGAAUCCGAGGGAAAAAAGAUUGCCGAGGGAUAUUCUGAAGGCGGCGCACGAGAUCGCGAAAAAGAGAAAACACUACAGCCACACCAUUUCGUCGCAGGCAAGCCAGAGCACCCAGUACAACAAAAAAGUCAUCAACAACAACACGGCGGACCAAACGAGUGAUAUCUUCGAAUAUUCCGGUGCCUUGCCUCUGCAGACUAUAAUUGAAAAAAACACCGAACAAAUCGACCACCUAAGCAAAGAAAUACGAGAAUUGAAGCAAAUUAACGCCAACAACCAAAAAAUAAUGGAGCAAUUACUGAACACUAUUAUACAAAGUAAAAAAUUUAGUUCGAAAUGUUAGCGAUAUAUAUUUUUAUACCAUAUUUUUCUAGAUAGGCGGAUAGUUUAUAUAAUAUAAUGAAUAUCAACUCAGCCGAAUUAAAUCCAUUCCUAAUUGUAAUAUUGUACAGGUUUAUAAUGCCAUUUGAAAGUGUGAUAUUAGUUAAAUAGUGGUUGUGAGAUUU